AUGGCUGUCAAACAAAGAAUCCAACGUGUUGACCGCGGUGACGAGGCUGCGAUCAUUAGAGCUAUCAUUCAGGAUGGCUGUUGUGUUAUCAAGAAUUUUACCGAUGUUGAGACGGUGAAGAAGGUCAAUGCCGAAGUACAGCCUUACCUUGACCAAGAUAAGCCGUGGAAGGGCGAUCUCUUUCCCGAAGAAACACGGCGAUGUGCCAACCUAGCUGGCCGCAGUAAGACAGCCAGAGAAACAUGGUUAGUCGAUCGCCUGGUCCGAACGUUGACAGCCAAGUUUAUCGAUAAAACAACGUCGAACUUCUAUGGCGAAACCAAACAUACUUAUACAAGUGAAGCGGUUUGCUCUGUAGCUAUGACAUUUGACAUUGGCCCGGGCGCCAAAGCCCAGCGACUACACCGAGACGACAAGAAUUACCACGUAGAUCAUGAGGAUCAGACAGCAACAGGCUACAAAGUGGGCUCAGACGUGAUGAUGGCGUUUAUGGUCCCAGGAGUACAGACCACCAUGGAGAAUGGGGCUACCCUGGCUAUCCCAGGUAGUCAUGUCUGGGGCUCCGAUCGCGCCCCCAUGAUGCAUGAGGCCGGUGCGGCACAAAUGGAUGUGACCGACUGUUGGGUUAUGCUGGGUGGGCUAUAUCACGCAGGGGGAGCGAAUAUCACCCAGACGGAAAGGCGGAAAGUGCAUGGGAUGUUUUUCACGCGUGGGUUUUAUCGCCAAGAAGAGAAUACUUACCUCGCAAAUUCUGCGGACGAAGUUCUAUCCUGGUCGGCUGAGGCCCAAAAGGUCAUGGGCUUUGAGUUGUCUAGUCCUAACAUCGGAUUCGUCGGCUUUCAACCCCCUUUGGAGUACUUGCGUGGAGCAGGCGUUGGGAACUCGUUUGGAGAUUUUGAUCCUUCACAGGAGAGAUGA